CGCACGUACUAGCACACACAUGUACGCACACAGCCACACUCAUUGAAAAAGUCAGAGAAUUGUGUGGGAAAUAAAAAUCGUGUAUAACUAACUGCGAAACGCGCAAAUUGUGCAAAUGCGGAUGCCCAGUGCUAAAAGCAAAGUGAACGUGUUAAUAAAAUCGGAUGCGCUGGCUGUUUGGGCAGCUAAAAAUUCAUGUUGUCGCUGUAACGCAGCGCACUGAGUUAGUGAGUGAGCGAGUGUGCGUGUGUGUGUGUGUGUGUGCGUGCGUGCGCCUAUGUGUGUGUGUGAAGAGUGAAACCUACAACUUUACUCCCCAAACCAACGGCCACACCAACAACAACGACGUCGACGACAACAACAACAACAGCAGCAGCGCAGCAGUGUUGAGAGAAAAGAUGGCGACGAGUCGCACCAGUCGCAUACAAUCACAACCAAAAAUUUUUCCUUCAAUCUUUUCGAAAUUACAUGGAGCAAUAUCGGAGGCGUGCGUCUCACAGCGUCUAUCCACGGACAAGAAGACGCUGGAGAAAACGUGGAAACUGAUGGACAAGGUGGUCAAAUUGUGCCAACAGCCUAAAAUGAAUCUAAAGAACAGUCCACCCUUCAUAUUGGACAUACUGCCGGACACGUAUCAAAGAUUGCGUCUCAUCUACUCCAAGAAUGAGGAUCAAAUGCAUCUGCUCCAUGCCAACGAACACUUCAAUGUAUUCAUCAACAAUCUAAUGCGUAAAUGCAAACAGGCCAUCAAACUCUUCAAGGAGGGCAAAGAGAAAAUGUUCGACGAGAACUCACAUUAUCGUCGCAACCUAACCAAACUGAGUUUGGUCUUCUCCCACAUGCUCAGCGAGCUAAAAGCUAUAUUUCCCAAUGGUGUCUUUGCGGGCGAUCAGUUUCGAAUCACCAAAGCCGAUGCGGCCGACUUCUGGAAGAGCAAUUUUGGCAACAGUACCCUGGUGCCUUGGAAAAUCUUUCGUCAGGAACUAAAUAAGGUGCAUCCAAUAUCAUCUGGCUUGGAGGCGAUGGCACUGAAGACAACAAUCGAUUUGACGUGCAACGAUUAUAUAUCGAAUUUUGAAUUCGAUGUGUUCACACGACUGUUUCAGCCUUGGGUCACAUUGCUGCGCAACUGGCAAAUUCUGGCCGUCACCCAUCCCGGCUAUGUGGCCUUUCUCACCUACGAUGAGGUGAAGGCGCGCCUGCAGCGCUACAUCCACAAGGCGGGCAGCUAUGUCUUUCGUUUAUCCUGCACGCGACUGGGCCAAUGGGCCAUUGGCUAUGUAACGGCCGAUGGAGAGAUCUUGCAAACAAUACCCCAAAACAAAUCGCUGUGUCAGGCGCUGCUCGACGGGCAUCGCGAGGGCUUUUACUUAUAUCCAGAUGGCCAGGCCUACAAUCCCGAUUUAUCCUCCGCCGUGCAAAGUCCAACCGAGGAUCAUAUAACCGUUACACAAGAGCAAUACGAGCUGUACUGUGAAAUGGGCAGCACCUUUCAGCUAUGCAAAAUCUGCGCAGAGAACGAUAAGGAUAUACGCAUUGAGCCUUGCGGCCAUUUGCUAUGCACGCCCUGUCUCACAGCCUGGCAGGUGGACUCGGAGGGACAGGGCUGUCCGUUUUGUCGAGCGGAAAUCAAGGGCACCGAACAGAUCGUUGUGGAUGCAUUUGAUCCACGCAAGCAACACAAUCGCAAUGCAACGAAUGGACGACAACUGCAGCAGGACGACGACGAUACAGAGGACAUGGGCGACUUCAAUAUAGCCACCAGUUCGCUGCAUGCGCUCAGCACCUCGGCCGCCUCGCAGUCGUCCAUGGAGAAGCACAGUCCGCACACAUCGCCGCGGCUGGGCAGGCGCAGCACCACGCCCAGCCUGAUGGCGGUGCAGAAUGAUCUGUAUGCCGGCGGUGCGGCCACGUUCAGUCUGCCCAGCAGCAGCAGCAACAGCAACAGCAACAGCAGCAGCAGCAGUAGCAACAACAGCAACGCCGGCGGCAACUCUGCAAAUUGCACGCAGCAGCAGCAGCAGCAACAACAGCCACAGCCAUCGGCACCGCCUGCUGCUGCUGUGAUCAGCAAUGGUAAUGCAUCCACGCAAAAGUCAACGCAUCGCAUGAGUGCACCGCUGAUGGGCUGCAGUGUGAACAACUCCACCUACGGACAGAAGUUGGCGGGCUGCAAAUCGGAGAGUGGCUCGAGUGGCGAUACGGCCUCCAUUAGCUCCUAUGCGAUACUACAGAAUCUACAGGAUAAUGCCAGCUCCAGCUGCACAGUGGCUUCAGCUGCAAGUGUGGCACCGCCCUUGCCGCCGCGCAAAUCGCCCGGCAUGGAGACGCCAGUGAAGCCAAAUGCGACGCCCUCGACCAGCAAGAGCAUCGACAACAUCCAGUGCAGCUUGGAUAAUGUGCCGCCUCAGACAACGGCACCGCCCAUACCGCCGCAUGUGAGCAGCAGCGUGGACACCCUGGCCGAGGACUUGAUGCGACAGCAGCGUAUCGCGAGCAGCACCACGUCACCGGUGCUGUCGCUGCUGGACGAGAUGGUGGAGGUGGGUCCGGCAGAGACCAUAAGCGGUGUCAUCGAUACGCGUCCUCUGGAGGCGCGAGGCACGCUGCCCAGCAGCAGCACCACCAACAUUGUCGCCGCCGCCGCCGCCGCUGCCAACACCAGCAACUCCAGCAGCAGCAACAGCAGCAACUCCAACAGUAGCAGCAGCAGCAGCAGCAAUUGCAGUGGCUCCCAGGAUGCAGCCACCUCGCACUAUACGCAGCUGUGCACCACCACGACCAGUGCUGCGGCUCUGGCGGCUGCCGCCACGCUGGCCAAUGGCAAAAAGUCGACGCUUAAGCAGCCAACGCCAGCGGCGAAUCCUCUCCAGCAGCAGCAGCAGCAGCAGCAGCAGCAACCGUUGCUCUAUGCGAACGUGACGAUCAAUCAAAAAGACUGCGGCCCCACUGUGCCCUAUGAGAAUAUCAAUCUGGAGUAUAUAGCGCGCCUGAUGAAUGCCGGCUACUCCAAGGAGAAUGCCAUCACGGCCCUGGGCAUCUCGAGGAACAACAUCGAAAUGGCUGGCGAUAUAUUGCGCGAGUUUGUCUCCAAGAAUAGCGCCUAAGUGCCACCACGCCCA